GCAAUCAGCGGUGUUCCCGCCGUCUGACUCUCUGCGGUAUUCACUUUCAAGGGUCGUUGGCUCGCAAGCAGCACGCAGCAAAUGCUCUUGUGCAGCGGUGCAUAAUGUGAGCUUAGAUUUCCCGACUUUCGGAUGUCUACUUUUAAUGUGUUUUCUUCAACCGCACUCACUCUUUUCCCCUCAAUCACACAUGUUGCUUUAUGUAUGGAUGAGUAAAAGAAAAGCACUUGUGCAUUCAAAUAAUUGUGUUCGUCAUCGCCGUCACUUUGAUGGAUGGAUUUUACAAAUAGCUGAAGCAGGAGGUUGCGAAAAGGCCAUGUUUUUUUAGAUUCUUAAGAAAUCAAACUAUGGAAGCAUUUAUUUGAUUUUCAAAAACGUUUAAAAAGGAUUGGAAACAAACACAACAGGAAGAUUUUGAAAUGAACCAGAUAUCGGGUAGUUGAGUUUCUCAAGGGUACAGAAGAGCAGCCUGUUAUCAAAACGGGUAAAUCUGAGGACGUUCGUCACCGCUUUGAUCACCAGUCAUCCUUCCCCCUUCCUCCAUGAACUCGACGAUGACGAAGAUGAGAUGGUAGACCAGCGUUCUCCUUGUCGAUCACCGGUGCAACCUUGACAGGGAUGUUGAUGUAAUCUGUCGGCUGACAUUUUUUACUUCUCGGCGAGGCAGCCAAGUGACGUCACGUACAUGAAUGAAAGGAAUUAGUUGUAGGCGUAGCCGUGUUGCGCACAUCAACGCACCAUGUGUCUACGCAACCCAAUCACGGGAAGAAGCGUUGGACCUUGCGGGAUGCUGAUACUCGCCACCUUCUACUCUUUCAUCAUCUGCUUCGCCUACUUCUACUACGCUGAGAAGCAGGGGGCCCUGUCACGUGGUAGUUUCCAGCUCAACUCUCGCGUCCCGCAAUGCAACCAUCCCCGCUGCUACGUUUACAGUCCGACCCUGGUCCGACGGUCACAUAGAGAGAGGAACGAGACACUAGAAAAGAGUAGGCAAAAGUUGCUGGUACCCGUCUCAGUACCUGACCAUAGGCCAUUCCAACUACACUGCGACACGUGCUCCCUGGUAACUAGCUCGGGCCAGCUUCUCGGCAAAUCCGCAGGCAAAGACAUUGAUUCUGCAGAAUGUGUGAUCAGGAUGAACGACGCCCCCAUACGAGGCUUCGAGAAAGACGUCGGCCGACGAACAACUGUCCGCGUGGUCGGACACUCUAACUUUCGGACAAUCUUCCAGAACAAGUUACGGACUCAGUACGUGCAUUUCAGGGAUCCUCUGACAAGGGCAGAAAAUGUAGUGAUUGCAUGGUUGUACGCUACGAACAUUUACAAGAACCCUGCGUACCGACUGACCCUCAACUACUCACAGAUGUACAGGAACGUAACGUUUUUUAUGCACACGCUGGCCAUGAUGCAACAUAACAACGAGGCUUUUCAUAAUGAAACGGGUAUAACAAGAACUCAGGCAAAGACAUGGCUUACCACGGGAUGGCAUGCAAUGCUCCUCGCCCUAGACACAUGCGAUGAAAUCAAUGUGUAUGGCAUGGUCUAUGACGAAUACUGCCAAGAUCAUCCUAACGACACAACUCCGUACCACUAUUACUUACAAGAGGAGAACAAGACCCGAUCCGAGUGUGACUACUACAGACGCAGCGAAGAACGCCUCAACAGCGGGCAUCUAUUCGUCACCGAGAAAUACAUCUUCGGACGGUGGGCCCAGAAGCACCGCAUCUCGUUCCACCAUCCCGUUUGGAAACCAAAGGUUUACAACGAGACAAGUCUGGACACGCCAUUUAUGAAACUCUACCGCGAGAAGCGUGUGAAAGCGAAAAAGCUCUCCGCGGCGGAUCACCGCGACGAGAACAGCGAAGGAGACAACGGUGGCGACGCCACGAACCGCGCAGGACCAAAUAAUGGACAGAUAAAAAGGUCGCCCUCUAGCGACGAUAGAAAUAGGCGGAAAGAGAAAGAACCGGAUAUUUUGGAAGAACAGGAUUUUAUGCUUUUUGGAAGAGCGAAUAUGGGGAUUUUCGGAGUAUUCAAGAGGUGAUGGCGACUGCUUUCCUGAAAAACAUACUUGACAAACUAUUUACAGAAUAACAUAUUUGGAUUAUUAUGAAUCUCUAUUGCAUAUCGGUAUAAUUUUAUUAUUGAAAUAAUUGUUAAAAUGAGAAAUGUAUCAUUGUAUAGAAUAUAUUUGUCUAUCCUACAUAUCUUUCUACUGUCAACAUGUUUCGCUUUAUUUAAAGACAAACCCGUUACGAUAUGCAUUGUAAAAACAAACAAAAAAUGUAAACAACUUUUAUCCAAAGACGAUUGAAAAUUUCCAACAUCUUAUGUCAAAUUCUUUGUUUCAGUAAAACGUCUUUUCUUUCUUAAAACACUUCAAAAACAGUUUUCAAUAACAGGGACUAUCAGUUUUUACAAACGAAAAUUAAGAAAUAUGCUUUGGUGGAAAAGCCUGCCUUGGCAAUGAAAACGCUGCUCUCAAUUUAUAGAAUACGAGGAAAUAUUUCGGUUAACACGAUCGCAACUUCUUUCGAAAACUCACCUAAACUGCGAUUUGAAUACCCGAGUGUAUGUCCCAUAGAAAUCAUGUUCAGAUUACGUAAUACGUAUUGUCAUCUUCCUACGUUUCAAUAGGUGACCCACAAGGCUAUCGGUAUUGCCUUUAGUUGAAUUUUCGAAAGUAUUUACGACCAUGAUUGUUACAUUUCUAAGUCUUCCACGUAUUGAAAAGGAGUGCUAUAAAAUGAGGCGAUAUAAUAUAAUUUCACCAAUGCUUAGGGAACCAAUUAUUACUAAUAGCUUUAGUGGGUUAUUUUUUAAACUUCUUUGUGACUAAGAUUAUUUGUUGUUGAUAAUUUAUCAAUUUACUGAUCUCUUUUCACACUUGUAGCUUCUAAUAUGUUUUUGUUACAACUUGGUCCUAAAACUUUGCGUUACAAAAUUGCCAGCAAUAUUAAUGUAAUAUCUCCAUUUAAUUUCCAUAGAAUAAUAUUUUUAUUUGUGUUUAUUCUUCCCUUGUUACUAACGAUUUAUUUCAAUUUUCCUAAACAUGAAAAGAAUAUCUUAUUCAGCCUCUGACUGCCUGUUCAAAAGACUAUAUAUUUCAAAUCAUAAUAAGUUAACCCGAAUGUAAAGUAGGCUCCUAAUAUAAACAACGGAAAUCCUCCAUACACGAGGCAUCCUAAAGAGAUUAUACUUUGACACUUGAAAGUCAGAUUGUCAAAAACUGCUUUACCUAGCUCUAUCCCACCUAUAUACAUCGAUGUAUCAUAAUUGCACUGUUGAGUUGGAAUACAUUUCUAUUACCCCCCCCUUUUUUUUUUUGUUCUCAUGAAAUGACUGUGACCAUAUGAUUUAGUCUUGAUAGAUCAAGUUUAUAUCUUCUAAGAACUUUUUUGAUCAAUCUGUACCAAUCGAUAACAUUCUGAGAAGAUAUAAACUAAACUUGAUCUAUCAAGACCUGAUUGCUGUAUUGUCACGAUAAUUUCAUUAAAAGGGGUAAGGAUAAUUUAUUGCAACUCUAUGGGCAACAGUGGUUAUUCCAUGCAAUGCGAUUUCAAAAUGUGGCUAAUAUAUACCCUGUUCAUGCGUGUACUGUGGGAUUCCAUUUUUGAUAGGUAGAGACCCCGUCUUAAAAGAAGAAUCCUCCGUCGAAAUGUACUUGAAUAUGCAGAAGUAUAGGAUACAUAUUUCAAUCAUUAAUUCAUUUAUUAUGUUAUGUAUAUACAUAUUUUGUAUUCAAUGUUUAUUUACACUUUGCAGGAAAAACUAAAACACAGUGCAAUUACAAUGUGCAGCUACAAGAGACAAAUUAUAUAUAUUUGGUAUGUAGGGGGAAUGUAUUAAUCCCUUUAUGAUUUUUGAACAUUUUAAUGUGUAAUUUAAAGUUGGAACUGAGAAAUUAUGCAAAUAAUAUUGAUGAAUGCUGAAUAUUGUUAUAUAUUUUACUGUUUUCUUAUACCGUAUAAGCAUGAAGUAAUCAAGUUAUGUCAUCAAAUUGUUAGUGCCAGGUUCUAGUUUGCUUUAUUGGGUAGAGUUUGUUCACUAGUAUAUCGUUCACGGUGUGUUUUUCAGUGAAUGCUGACGACUCCAUACAGAACAAAAGGAUUAAUGCUAUUUUCAGGCUUAAAAGAAACAUAUAAUAUUACAAUAGCCUUAACAUAUAAAUAAUGCACACGUUUCAUUCGUAGUAGUCGCUUAAGAUCGGAGUUCCUGUGUAAAAAUGGUGACGCCAGAUUUUAGAUUUUUUUUUCUUGCAGUGGUAAUUGGUUAAAAUCUCAGUAAUGUUUAAGCUUGGUCUCGGGUCUAUAAAUACGAUGAGAUCAGAUUCAGUCAUCGGUAUAAGUUCUUUACUCAUACGCUUGUACACUACUUAAAAUUUGGCUUGUUCAUUAUAACUAUAUAUAUUUUUCAAUUUAGAAAAAAAAAGCUUAGAUAAUUUUUAUACGAUGUUGUACAAAGAAGUCUCGUUUUUCGAGACAUGGAAAAAGAUAAUAAAAUACCAUCUCGAAACUAUA